AUGUCGAGCACUGUGAAGAAGGCCGUCCGGGAGAUCUUCGAGGAGAUCACGAAGACCAAGUCAAACCUGAAACGAGUAUUGCAUAUGUCCGAGAGUGGUGCUGGCCAACGUGUCUUUCCACCGAAGACUGCGAAGAACGACGAGAAGUUUGGCCUUCGCCUGGAUAAGGGGGAACCGGUCAAGGGAAAGCCAGGGGUCAUACGGUUGAAUCUGCAGGCAAAUUCGAACGCGAAGAAUAAGAUCAUUCGCGAAAUAGCACAGAAGGACUCUCAUCGUGUGCUAGCGUCUGUCGACGUCGAUACAAAGCAAGAGGCGAAUAAAGAUAACGCUGCCAAGGUCAGAGACCAGCUUAUCGGCAAAUUGUAA